AUGGCUGCGAACCCCAAGGACACUGUCGGCAUUAAUCUGCUCGUGUUCAACGGGAAGAAAGACCAGUUUCGCAUGUGGACCGAUAAGUUCGUUUCACACCUUAAAGAGAUGACUGUCGCGCUGCAAGGCCAAUGGCUCGCGUCGACUACCCAUGACCGCCCGGAGCCAACCAUCAAAUUCGAGGACUGGCUGCAAGGCGAUCCACCAGUUGCGACCGACCCCGACGAGAAGCGCGCGAAGUGGCAUCAGUACUACCGUACUAUGCAAGUGCAACAAAUCCGCACUUUAUUGAGCAAGGUUUUGCCGGACCAAUUUGUCCAGCAAAUGAAGGAGUCGUACUCUGAAAAGGAACCAAUCUACCGUCUCUGGGCGGAGAUCGAGAAGAAGUAUGGUGUGUCUAACGUGACCACCAUGAAGACCGCCACGCGAAAGCUAAUGCGUGUGGCCGACGGCGACUUCCAGAGUGUUGAGGCUCUAUUUGGCGAGCUGCGGACGUUGAAGCACUCAAUCAACUCCCACUCGCAAAAGUACUUAAAGAGGGAUGUUGUGAGCGAUGAUCUCCUGAUCCUCAUGGUGUUGGGUGUGCUGCCAUCUGAGUUCUUUGGCGCGCAAAUCGUCCUGGACACGGCGUCGUUUCGGAUUGUGGACGUUGAGGCCAAGUUGAUUGGGAUUUUCGGAUCCAAAUCAAAAAGGGACAUUAUGGGAAUGGGCCAAUCAGCGACGUCCAAAGUCGCUGGCCAAUUACACCGCACCAACUCAGUUGAAGUGAACAACGUGGCUAAUGGGAAGCGAAAGUCCUCGAGUUACGUCACGGGUGGUACCGGCGAGUGUUUUUACUGCUUUGGGAAAUCCAACUAUCUAACCGGUGGUGCCAAGCACGUAAAGAAGGGGUGUCCUACGCGUAAGGAGGACUUUGAGACUCGGGGCUUCCGCUCCAACAUCAAUGAGCCGUUUAAGCCGAAGGUUAAGCGCCACAAGGCGGAGGUGGCUGUCGAUCUUGUCGAGCAGUUCGACCGCGACGCCGUAGGGAAUGGGCUCUUGACGGUGGCUGCGGCCAUCACCUUACGUUCAGUCAAGGUUCUAAACUAA